AUGGCAUCCAAAUACACCCCUGAGACAAAUGCAAUGCCUCAUCUGGUCGUUAAAAUCGUUGCUAGUAGACAGGUCAAAUAUUUUGUGGAAGAACCAGAUAAGUCAAAGGUGUUAAAUCCAGAAGUGGUUGCUGCGGAUGUCCCGAGUGUAGUCCCUGAAGAUGUGUCUGUACAUACAGGCAAAAUAUCCCCAUCGCAAAGUCCUUUCCUAAACAAAGCACUGGAUGAGAGCGCACACAUUCACAAGGAGUUACAACAGAUUCGUGAGAGGCAGUGUGUGACAGCACCUUGUGGUGACCGCUUCCAGUCUUACAUUCAUCUGAGGAAGAGCCUCUCAGCUUUGACAAACCUCCGUAGAGCGCCAAGCCAACGGCAAUCUCUCUUGGGCGAACAAGGGGAAGGUGAGAUGAAGGAUGGGGAACCAGAUGAGGAACGACGACUCGUGCUGCAGGCCGUCAGGGAGGAGCUGCGGGACUGGUGCGCCUCCUCCUCCCCCUCCUCCUCCUCCUCCUCCCCCUCCUCCCCCUCUGCUCUGGGAAACAUGGAGCGUGACAUGCUGGAGCUGGACACCUCCCGCACAGGAGCCAUCCAUCAGGCCCAACUCACCUACGUGUUCUUGAGAAGCAAGGUUCCCUUGAAGUUGCCGACUUUGGGUCGUUUGUUCCACGUGUUCUCCAAAGAGACGUGCCCUGAUGAGGUGCUUAUGCAGAAAAAGGUUUUGCUAUGUGCAGUCACCAGUCGGACACAUUUCAUGCGCCACUCAGCUCAGAUAGGAUCACUUACUAACGUGUCUUUGAUGUUUUGA